AUGCCUUCUUCCAACGAGCCAUCUCCUUCUACUACGCAUCAAUAUACAGUCAAUGGCCAUCCAGUCGAACUUACCGAAUGGCUAGAGAAUCUAGAUCGAGCCUAUGCAAUCAACGACUUCGACAUUCUCGUUGACGAACCUCGAACGAGAUUUUUUAAUCUCGGUCCAUACCCUCUGAUCCUACACACCACCCCUAGACGAUUGGGUUUAUUUACCACGCUUAAUUUAAUCAGAUAUAUGAUCUUCUUAGUCGCGUGGCCUAUAAUCAUACAUAUAAUCGUCACCAUCCUUCUUAGCUGCGGCAUCUCCUUGAAGGUCAUCGGUGCAAUGAUGGUUCUCGCUAUGGGUAGAACCUGGCUUUGGUUACUUCUUGAGUGGGGUACGAUGGUGAUUUGGUUACCGCAUAUUGAUAGGUCAGCCAAGGUGGCUUUUGUUGUUUUAAUUUUGCUUAGUGGCAUGGUUAUUUGGCUGGCAGCGAGAGAGGUAGCUAUUCCGAUGUUGUGA